AUGAUCAUCGUGGACUUUGGGUCUUCUUUGGUCAAGGCGGGGACGGUCACGGAGUCCCUGCCAUCACUCAUUUUCCCCGCCGUCGUUGGCGUGCCGGCAAAGAAGAAUGGUUUGCUGAAACGCAACAAAAUAGCGCUGGAGGAGGCACCACUUGCACCAUUUCUGGUGGGUGCGGAGGCCAUCCACGAGAUGCACCGGGCAACGCUGCACCACCCUAUUCGGCACGGCAUCGUGAAGGACUGGCCCAGGAUGGAGCAGGUUAUCCAUCACACCUUCGUUGAGUUUGGAAUGAACUCGGAGGAGACGUCUAUUGUCUGCACGGAACCGCUGUUCACACCCAAGCGGAACUCGGAGCAGCUGGCGGAGGUGUUAUUUGAGGCCUUUGGUGUGCCCUCAAUUGCACUUAUCCCAUCUGGUAUGUGUGCACUGUACUCCAGCGGACGUACAACAGGUGUAGUUUUAGACUCGGGGGAUGGGGUGACGCAAGUGACGCCUGUGUACGAUUCAUAUAUUAUAAGAAACGCGGCAAGUCGUUUUAAUCUUGGUGGACACGAGGUCACCGAGCACUUACGCACCCUUCUGUUUGAACGUGGGUUAAACUUCACUUCACCGCAGGAUAGGCUAACGGUGCAGAGCAUUAAAGAAAGUCUUUGCUACGUGUCACCAAAUUAUGAAGUGGAGCUUCAAGAGGGGGAUGAAAAGCGGCGUUUAUUUUCUCUUCCGGACGGGCAGGAAAUUUAUGUCGGAAAAGAAGCCUUUCGGGCACCCGAAAUUCUCUUCUCUCCGUUCAUUACUUUUUCGGAGAAUCCCUCCAUGUCAGAAUUUGUCGUGAAGGCCGUCAAGAGCUGCGGCAUUGAUAUUCGUAAAGAUUUACUCUCUAGCAUCAUUCUCAGUGGCGGGAACACAUUGUUUGACGGCUUUGCCUCACGACUGGCAGGAGAGGUGCUGAAGGAGUUUCCUGGUCUUUUUGGAAGCGCGAAGGUGAUUGACGCAGUUGACCGCCAAUACAGCGUUUGGUCAGGGGCAAGCGUCUUGGCAGGGCUCUCAACCUUCUCGGAUCAUUUGUUAACGAGGGACAUCUUCGAGGAACACGGCCCUAGCAUUGUUCACAACUAUAGCCGUAGCGCAGUGCUGGGAGAUGAGUGCAGUGAUGUUGCCGAAGGACGGGAGUAG